AUGGCGCCCCGUGUGUGGUUGAUUACUGGCUGUUCGUCCGGCUUCGGGAAAGAGAUUGCUAUUCAGGUCCUAGAACGAGGCGAUAAGGUCAUUGCUACUGCACGCAAUGUUUCCAGAAUCGCUGCGCUGAGGGAUGCUGGUGCCGAGGUUCUCGACCUCGACGUCUCAGCGGGUUUCAAAACCAUCGAAGAAACAGUCAAAGCCGCCCACGAUAUAUACGGAAGAUUAGAUAUCCUGGUCAACAAUGCAGCAUUCGUUCAAGAAGGUGCCGUUGAGGAGUUAAGUCCCGAAGAGGUCCUUUCAUGUUUCAACACCAAUGUCUUUGGUGCGUUAAACGUUGUUCGAGCUGUCGGCCCCUACAUGCGACAGCAGCGAAGCGGAAUAAUAGCAAAUGUAUCGAGUAUGGCGGGAUGGAUUGGAAUUCCGGGUUGUGGAGUUUAUGCCGCUACCAAGGCGGCAUUGUCUUGCAUCUCAGAGGCCUUGACUCACGAAUUGGCCCCUUUCGGCAUCACUGUGACAGCAAUAGAACCAGGAUACUUUAGAUCCAAUUUAUUGCAGCUGGGCAAUCGAAAUCGACCGAUGAAUCGCCUUGCCCAUUACGACGGAACUGCGGCCCACGAGACUGCAGAUCAUCUUGACAAGGUUAAUAACAAGCAACUUGGAAAUGUGGCCAAAGGCUGCAGCGUCAUUAUUGAUGUCUUGACUCAGAGCGGGACGGCAUCCGGUCGUGAUAUUCCUAUUCGGCUGCCACUUGGCUCGGACAUGAUUCAGUGUGUUGGGAUGAAAUGCAGGGAAACCUUGGCACUUUUGGAUGAAUGGAAAGACAUAGCCUCAUCAACAGCCCAUGAUGAUGUGCAGUGA